GGAACAUAAAGUCUAUAACAGUCUACUCUUCCUCUACACAUGAAUCAUAAUGGAACAUUGGCUUAAGAAUACUUUACUUAUCCUGACUGCAUGCUAUUUUGAUUGCAGAGGUGAAGAGGCUGUUGACCAGCAGAGUGGACAUGUUACUGUCCUUGAAGGAGGACUGGUAAAACUCAGCUGUAACUACACUAUUACCAGUAGUCCAUCUCCUGAUCUAUUCUGGUACAUCCAGCUAACUAGGAACUCUCCUCAGUAUGUCCUGAGAAGAGAUCAUUAUUCAGAAGGGAGCAAUAGUGAUGAGUUCAAGAAGAGGUUUGAUUCCAGACUGAAUUUCACAUCUAGCUCUGUCCCCUUGACGAUCCAGAGGUUGCAGCUGUCUGACUCUGCUGUGUACUACUGUGCUCUGAGGUCCACUGUGACGACAAGUGAUUCAGUCACUGUACAACAACACAGGGUACAGGGUUGUUCAGACAAUGUCACAAGCUUUAUAGCAGACAUGGGACCCUGGCUGAGGAAUUUACUGAUUCUUGCUGCAUUUUGUUAUGAAUGCAGAGGAGAAGACUCAGUCAUUCAGCCACCAGGAGAUGUGAUUGCUACUGAGGGAGGACAGGUCACACUGGACUGUCAAUUUGAUGCAGUUAAUACUAAUGAUCUCAACCUGUUCUGGUACAAGCAUGAAGUAAAUGGCUUCCCAAAGUUCAUGCUGGGACGUUUUUCUUUUGGAAGUACAAAUGCCACUGGAUAUGAAGAGAGAUUUGAUGCCCAUCUAGAUAAAGACUCAAAAUCAGUCCCCUUGACGAUCCAGAGGUUGCAGCUGUCUGACUCUGCUGUGUACUACUGUGCUCUGAGGCCCACUGUGACAACAGGAUAUACCACCCCCCUACAAAAACUAUAG